GGACACAAAAGUAUGAGGGACAGAAGAAGAAGCCUCGGCACCUGCAUGGCCAAGGCGAAAGGGAAGGGAGAGGACUGGGACAGACUGUCACACAGCCUUAAGAGGAGCACACAGGAGGAGGGCCUUUGGCCCGCAGUUGAUGGAAAUGGAAACGCAAAGGGCAAGGCGCUGUCCUUGGAAACAAAAAAUGGUCUGAGUGAGGCCAGUGUCCUGCUUCCCCUUGGUGACAGGGCAUUUUUGUAUUUGAAGGAAUCCAUGGGAAGAAAUUCAGCCCCGGCAGCAUUUCCCAGCAAGGCUGUGGGUCUAUCCCUGAUCCCUGCAUCUGUCCCUGUGGGAGAGUGCCUAGCUGCCCUGUCUCACAGCAUCAGGGAAGCUCUGCAGAGGAACUGGCCAGGGCAAGACCCCAGAGCCACGGACAGCUGUAGAGGACAGUGCUCCAGCGGAGAGCCCUGGGAGUUGGCACAGCCGGGCCACUUGCAACUGUGGGAAGUGGGAGUUUCUAAGGGUGAGCGAGUGAGGGCUUUUCCCGAGUGGCCAGGCUCUGAGUCAGAACUCUCCUGCCUGUCUUCCUUGCUGCCUGAUUCGCUGCAUAACCGCUGCCAAAGCCUUCUAAAGGAUGAGACACGAUGUGACCACCUGGACCAGCUAAAGCCUGUGCUUUCAGAGCAGAUGACAGAAUAUAGUAAUAUGCUUUCAAGUAUAAAUUACCUCAAAUGGUCUGCAGAUAACACUGGGGUUGUUGGCUCUAUGACCUUUGAAAUUAGCAAAUCCAGUAGGCCAUAGUUAAGGUACAAGCAGAACAAUAAAAAUAGUAGCUUAAUUUUAAGAGUUGUCUUAAAAUAAUUUUUUGCAUUACAUCUGGAUAUAAACAGUGCAGCCAUUCAGGUCCUGCUUUGUUUGUACUGCUAGACAAACUUUAUAAAGUACACGUCUAGUGUAAACUUGCUAAAAGCUCGGUAACACAGCAGGAAAUUUUUGAGCAUGUUUUAAAUUGUACUUAAAAGAUGAUAAAGAAUUGGGAAACCCUUUCAGGAGAUUAUUGAUAUAUCCAAUACAAGCUGAGAACAUGGUGGUUACCACGAAGCUCUUUGUCUCCAAUACCCAAUCUAAAGGGCUACUGUCCCAGAUACCGUCUGUUUCUUCAGCUGUCCUGUCACCAAAUGGAAGUGGAUAUUUGUAAAGUUUACCGCUGUACUUUUAUGAAGCCUUGCUGAGUUCACGGUGAGCUGUUACUAUUUCUGCGUUUUGUAGAAAAUUUUUGGACUGCAGCAAACUUUGGUUCUUAUACUUCUUUCUACUUGAAAUGCAGUUUCAAUGGAGGCCCUAUGGUGAAAGUUGCAAUAUUAACUUUAGAAUAAUCUUCUCAAACUAGGAUUUCUAGCAGUGUUACCCUAAGUAAAAAAGAGCUUGACUCUGCUGUAGCAAAGCUAUAGAGAAGCAGAUAAAGUGUUUUCCCUUACAAAAGAUCCCAGAUCCAAGGAGUUGAGAUUUCUUUUUACAUUAAGGCUUUUCUGAAGUAACUUGUUUGUUGAUAACUUUAAUAAAGGCCACUUAAGAGUGUUAAGUUUUUAAGGACUCCCAAAGUGAAGCUUAAAAUAGUCAUUUUGGGAAUAAUUGCAUAUAUCAAUUUGUAUUGUGUGUUAAAUUACUAUGCUGUGUACUAUUUUAGUGUUUUGGUAAAAUGGAAAAUAAAAUCUGUUCUUUAGUAUAAUAAAUAUGUCUUAUUUUAA